UUAUUAUUAUUAUGCCUCUUGUUCUGUUAGAUUCUGGGGAUCUCUGUAUCGACGUCCACAAUCUGUGCGCAACUGGUGCCCGAAUUGCUCCCAGGGGAUUUCAGCCGAUAGAAGCGGCCCUGUUUGACACCUGUCGUGUCGUGUCGUGGCGACUAAACGGCUGGGCAGUGUCUGCUCGCGCCCUGGCAGCCGAUUAACUCAUCAAAGCAGACAGAAGAGGAGAAUCACGUGCGGCAGAAAGAGCUCUUUCAGAUUUUGAUUUUAGGCAGCACCUCUCUGGCACGGAUGCAUUCUCUCUCUAUUGAAGUGCUCGGAAAAUAACUGUCACUAUUUGAACAGACCGGUGAGUUUUAAACACCUUUGUAAAAAUAUUGUAUAAGACACUUGUAUUCCAUGUGGUUGAAUUAAAUACAUACUGGUAUGUAGAUAAUUGGUUUUGUGGUACAGCAAAUCUCUUUUCUGGCGGUGUCCGCGUAUAGAAAUAAACGGUAAUGCGUUAAAAACGCUUUUUAUUAGAGGGGUUUGCAGGAAUUAACUUGUAAAAGUUCGGGGUCAAGUUGUUCAACCUCGAGAGAGGAGAUGUUUCAGUUGUUUUUUGUUCUCUCUCUCCCUGGUGCUGUGCCAGAGCGCCGAUAUGCCGCGGCGGUGUUUGAGGUUUGAGCUGCGGAGCCGCAGCUGCUGUUGUCCGGCUCGAUCGGCGCUGUCCCGGAGAGCGUCACUGUGUCGUCUUGUUCCAGAAAGUAAAUACGGAUCUAUAAACCAAAGACGUGUGCCCUCAGUGAGUGCGGGUCUCAUACCCGCCUAACCGCCUCUUUUUUAAGUGUCCACAAGUGCCCACGGCCUCAGGGUCUGUUUUUAUCAAUAACAGGUGCUACUGUGCGUAGUUUUUCUCUGACAGAUUUCUAGCAGUUUCAUAUGCGGUGACUGGCAUUAACAACGUGUUUUCAACAGUAUUUCGGUACCCACCAGUUGUUCCCAGCAAUAUCCCGACAGCUAUCCCUGUCGAUUCCUUCAUCAGAUUUAUUUUUUAACAGGGGGGUCUUCCUUAGCUUCUGCAAAUGUUACAGAUGUGAAUGUCCUGCAGUUUUCGUUUCAGAUCACACCGAGAUGGUACACUAGUCUCAGGCAAUAGUGUUUCCCUAAUAGUCUUACCAGCACUCUGCUCCAAGUGCCUAAAUAAAGUUGCACCUAAAGCAGGGGACAGAGGUACUGUACAUUGUGGUGGGCAUUCAUUCAACCCACCAGAUGUCCACAAACACGUGUUCCACUGUCUUCAUCCCCUGAGAGUAGGAAGGUAUAAUCUGAUUUACUCCACAAAUCUGAGAACAGAACUGCAGCAUGGAGGUGUCCUGUAUCAGAAGGGAGCUGUCUAUAAGCACCAGAAUAAUGUGCACAAGCUCCAAAUAUAAAUUUACUGUACUUGACCGAACACACUGCUCAGCCUUUCCUUCUUCUUGAACCCAGGCCAGUUGGGUAAUGUUUUCUCCUCCCCUCUAAAGCAGAUGAACACUUGGAAAUACAGUACCCUGCAGCGGUUAUACUGAAAACUCUUUUCUUACCAGGCUUUGCCUUGGAACUCAUGGACCAAGAGCACAUUCUUGGGAGCCUUAUGGUGCCAAUACCUGUUUAUCUGAAGGUGUUUGUGCAGCAUGGUGAGGGUAAACUGAAGUCUGCCUGGAUCAUAAUUUGAGUACAGAUUAGUAAAGCUGUAGUUGGCUCAGCGUAUUGACUUGGUGCCUCUUUCUUCCUUAGUUUUGUCAAUCUGGGCUCGUUUUCUACCUCCAAAGCUACAGUGACUUAUCUGUACGUCCCUACUUGACCAGGUUCUCACAUUCUCCCACCAUAAAACCCAAUCUAAACCUUCAUUACAGCUACAGACUCAAUAUACAACAGUUUCUGUGUCUCAGCUGCCUACAGUGCGUCCCACAGGCCAAGGGUAAGCACAUGGCUUUGGUGGAGUCACCUGGCGUGCUGUUUGGGAACUGCUGAAAGGUUGUAUGCAAAUACAAACUGGCUUUUCUGUGGCAGCGGUUCAUUUAAAUAACGGAUAGAGUAUGUAUUCGCAGGCACAUUUCAAUUUGUUUGUGUUUCUGAGUCAGCACAGAGACUGGGAGCCUGUUCUGGGUGCUACUGAGUCAAGUGAAGGUGUGGACAGCUGUCCAGACCCCAUCUGAAUUCCCCUGGGCCCAGCUGUUCUGUAAGAGACAGUUGGUGCUCAGUUGGCUCUUUCUGGCUAAUGAAAGGGCUCAAUUAUUGGAAAGCCCUUGAGGGAGGAGGAGAGGAGGGGGGGGAGAACAGGCUCUGGACUUGUGGCACACCAGCUGACAGUUUAAGAGCCUGCAUGUGUAUGCAGGUCCUUCUUUCACUGAACAGCUAGGGCUACAGUACAAAUAAUGGUACAGUCCAUAUGAGCACCCCUGCUCACUGAACCUACAUGGGAGUGCCCCAAGCAGGGAUUGCUGGGAAGAAGAAGAGAGACUGGGAAUUUGGAGAGUGAGGAAGAAGGAGAAGGACCCUGAAGAGGUGAAAUUUCUCCCAGACAAGAGACAUUCCUGGUCACAUCUCCUUCAUCACUGCUGUCUUUCCGUUCAAGAGGGAAACUGACAACAACAAGGACAUCUUUAACGCACUACUGGAACCUCAAACCCUGAGAGCCGCGUCCGCCUGCCUUCCAGAAGAAGCCAUGUCUGAAAUCCUGGAGGACCGAGAGAAGCUGAAGAAGGGGCUGGUGAAGGUGCUGCAGUGCGUGGCCACCAUCUCCUCGGCCGCCGCCGUGGUGAACCCCAUCUUCGGCAUCGCAGGGUCCCUGAUCAGGGUGGUGCUGCACCAGAUCGACGACGAGGACAUCAAGACCCUGAAGAAGGAGUUCAACAGCGUCCACAAGGCCCUGGACGACAUCUCCCAGCAGAACCGCAACGCCCUGCUGCAGAUCAAGAAGGAGACGCUGGACGGCCAGUACUCCAAGGUGGAGGAGAACAUCAAGAACCAGUUCCGCAAGUUCAUGGAGCUGGUGGAAGCCAAGCCGGAGCACCAGAGCAGGAAGAGAGAGGAUUUCGAGGAGCAUUUCGCCAACGACCUGGGCGACCAGAACCUGCACACCCUGUACGAUGGCGUGAUGGGUAAACCCAAGCUCUUCAGCAAGCCCAUCCUGGAGGUGUACAUGAAGCACUCCCAUGGGGACCGCAAGGUGAUGGAGCGCCUCUGCACCCGCCUGACCUACCUCUUCUGCAUCGGGCUGAUCGCGCUCAUGGGCUACGCGGCCGUCAUCGGCGAUGACGAGGAGGAGCUGAGCGAGGAGUGGGCCGAGAAGAUGGAGAACGUGCAGGAGCGAAUGCAGGAGGUGCUGAGGAGGUGCAAGUGAAUCCUCUGCCCCAGAACACGCGCCCCCUCCCCGAACUGAUGAUCGACACCCCACCCUCCCUGUUCCAAAGGAAAGCGGCAUGAAAGCACUGCAAAAGAAGGGAGCAACUAGAGUGGGGGCUGACAGAAAAAUGAUGACAUACUUUCAUCUUUCCUUUGAAACGGGUAAUAGAUGAUGGCCAAUUUAUAUACCGAUUAGUACUAUCAACAUCUUUCUAAAUGGCUGCUUUCUAUGUGCAUCUAGAUUGACAUAGCAUUUUUUCUGCUUAGAUUAUUUUGCAUGCUACCUAUUUCAGCAUGGCAAGUUGGAGGACUGUCUUGAGAUGUUUUCUUGCCUGGCAGGCGGAUUAUAGUUGUCUAUGAUCCAGCAUGUCCAGCUGUGGACUGUGGCUGCCUUUGAAUUAUUUUCUUCAAUGUUACCAUGAACCGAAUUAAUCAGGCUUAAUUACAUGCCGAAAUACCCUAGUGAAAAAAAUCAGGUGUUGGGCCUUCAUUUUGCAAAUCUUCUCUAUAGCACUAUACUGCCUGUAGUUAAGCUUUUGAUUAGUAUUUCAGAAGCCAUUGCUGCUGGAAUAGUUAAAUACCCUGGUCCACAGUCAUCUAAUCAGAAAGAACAGCAGAGUCAAGCUGGACACAUACAGUAUAUAGCAUCCUCACAGUGAGGAACCAAAAUAAAAGAAGCAGCCAGUGACACGAGCUAUUCGUACACUAUUCCUGCACUACAUCAUUAUUUUUAUAUGUUUAUGUGCUUUAAUCUGAUACAGAAAUAAUGCAUAAAUACUCUACAUUUAACAGACCAUAUUACUACCAGCCAAUAUGAACACAUCACACUGCACUAUAUAUGUUAUGAAAGAGCUUUUAUCUCCUUGUGAAACCACAAAACACAGCGCAGACACUCUAGACCAGGGGAACAUCACAUCCUCAUCUAGGUUUGGUUGGCUUUGUCCACUAGCAUCUACUGUACAGUAAACCAGGCUCUUCACUGUUGCUGCACAAACACUAAUUCCAUUUAACUGCCACACAAAACAGGUCCUUAAAUAUUAUAACACCUAGUAUCUGAUUUAUAAAGAACUUCUUGAGAAUUAUAAAAAGCAAAUGUUCUUUCCAGCUGUGAAAUACAGAAGACAACUCCAGUUUAGACUCAUCUCCAAAUACUGUUAUAAGUUGAAAUAACAACUGACACUUUUUAAUCUCUUGUUUCAUCCUCACCUAAUACAGGCAAAUCUCUUCACAGCAUAAACCCUGAAUUAAAGUUCCUUGUGUCUGUCUAGGGAGAAUUGAGAAACACUACAUUUAAUAUAUAUGAGAGAAAAUUAACAAAUUAUUUUGUUCCAAAUGUCUGCUUAUUUGUGUCUUGCAAAAUUUAAAUAAAUCAAGCACCUUAUUCUUUAAACAUUUUAAAGCAUUUUAAGCUAAAGCAAACAUUUUUCCAGUUUUUCACAAUCAAAUGGAAACAUCCAAACCUUUGAGCUAGCAGUUGGACGGACUAAUGCAGUACAGUGUAAUUGUGAUAAUUCCUUUACAACUAGCAGUACAGUAGGUGAAACACUAAUAGUUUUACACUAAUUACAUCGAAAUAUUUUGUUCUUCACAAUGUAGAUGACAAAAUUCAUUUAUUUUUUAAAAUUUCAUUCUGAAUGUCAAUAUUCUUUUAAAAACAUGUUAGAAAUCUAUUUUUAUGAUUUACUAGACUAUUGUGAUCUUCUAAACGCGACAUGGUUUGUAAGAGGUUUCUCAUGUCUGCUCUGCAGGAGGCCAUACCGGAAUUGUGUUCAAUACUGAAAUUAAAUGUUUAUAAAUUAACACUUGGUAGGUUAGGUUGACUGGAUGUAUAUUUUUGCACCAUCUCAAUUUAAUUCUGUCUUUUGUUACUGCGCUCUACAGUAUAUCUGCAGGACUGAAAAUGUCAUGCUGUCAUAUAGAAAAACCUCACUUCUGAUUGUAUGAAUGUCAUUAUAUACUGUAUAGCUCAAGUUAUGCAUCCUUGCUGUUGCAUUCAUAAUGCAUUUGAAUGUAAGCACAGAUAUGCAGUGGGGUUCAUAUAUACAGUAUACAUACUGUCUUAGCUUAUACCACUCGAUGCAAGAUGACUGGUGAAUGUCAGUCUUGUUUCCCUUCUGCUGACAUCCACAGCCUGAGAGUCCAAAUAGCAUCUUCUAUGUUCACAAUAUGGAGGAGUGAAAAUGUACAACCAGUGUCUCCACUCAUCCUAUCCUAAUCAAGGUACCAUGUACCUACCAUGUGCUGUAACCAUGUACAACAUGCAUCUCCACUGAUGCAGGUGUGAUGACCUAGAAUGUACUAUCAAGCGGAGUGGAUUCAGAUGAGUGAAAUGUAACUACAUGCCCUGUCAAAUAAAGAAGAGCCACCUUGGAUUACAACUCCAUUUUGAGAUGAGAUAUUUUGUUGUUUACAGCCAACAGCGUCAAAAUUCCUUAGAAAGAGAGAGAGUCUUUAUUAGCCCUGAGGGUGCAGUCAGGUUCCUCUGAAAUGGAACACAAAUGGAACUCAUUUUUGACUUUAUAAAUAAUGGCACCAGCUCUUAUGCCUGAACUACCACCCCCAAACUGCCAGGACGAAAAAUCAAUGAGGGGGAAGAAUAAAGUCUUUCAGGCAGACCCCUCAAGAGAUCGCCGAAUAAAGUUUGAAAUGAUGUAUUGACUCCACCCCCAAAAGCUGGCCUGAC